CUGUAUGUGUAAUUUAGAAUAAUGUCUGGGAUUUUGUGGUAUAUUGGUAGUAUGGGUAUUACUUGAGGUCUUAUUACCUCUCAUAUAGCUAUAAAUUUUUUAGUUUUAAAUUUAUUUUCUCCUCUGUUAGAGUUGUGUCAGCAAGUUAUGGUCUUUUACGGAGAAAGUUGGUGAGAAGUGUGGUGGGGAGGAGUGUAGCCUGGCAGCAGGAGAGGUCUUACCGCCCACCUCCAUCGGUACUAGAUAAGUUUAAGGGGCAUGUUGUAGAUUUGCGUUCUGACACCUUAACUAAACCCAGUCCCGGCAUGAAGAAGGCCAUGAUGGAUGCACUACUUGGGGAUGAUGUCUAUCGUGAAGAUCCAACAGUGUCAGAGCUGGAGAAUUGUAUGGCAGCUUGUACGGGAAAGGACUCGGCCCUGUUUGUACCAUCAGGCACUAUGGGAAACCUUAUUUGUGUAUUAGGCCACUGUGAGCAUCGAGGAUCAGAAGUACUACUGGGUGAUCAAGCACACAUCUUCCUCUAUGAACAGGCUGGUAUGGCUCAGCUUGGUGGUAUACAGCCUCACAUCAUCCCCACUGAACCAAAUGGAACAUUUGAUGUUAAUGAGAUAUCAGCAAGGUUGCGUGUUGAAGAUGUACACUGCCCAAGAACCACACUUAUAUGUAUUGAAAAUACUCAAAAUGUAUGUGGUGGGAAGGUUGUGCCUUGUCACUGGAUUGAUGAGGUAAAUAUUGUGAUUCCACUUGUUUCAUUUAGCUGAAGUUGUGGUGAAAUU